UUGUAAAUUAAUUAAUUUUUCUCUAACAAAAAAUACCAAAAAUAAAACUUUUUCGGAUAUGAGAUAUCUUUAAUUAAAAAACUACAGUCUCGCAAUUCGAAAAUUUGCACAGAAAAAUGAUUACCGUCGGCAUCAAUGUUAUCCGAUGUACACCGCGGGGAGGUUGCUCGAUUGGAUUUUGCACAUCAUCAAAAAGAUUAAAAUGGGUUUUAAAAAAUAAUGUAUUAACUUUAAAAGCUAAAGUUGCGCAAUCUGGAUUCCACGUUCUACUUGUUCCAUGUUCCCUUGUCAAUACAUGAAAUUUUUUGACACUUUUAUGGCAUAAAAAAAUUAAAAAAUUCAGCAAAAGUCAGUAUUUUUUAGACUAAAAAUUUAUUGUUAAAGUUGAGUGUUUGCCUUUCAAUUUGUUUUUUUUUUUUUUUUUUUUUGUUACUGUACAAUAAUUGAUUGUCGAGAUAUAAACCUUCGAAUUAAAAAAUAACAUUUUUCCGAAAAAUGUCGAUAACUUGAUAAAAAAAAAUCAUUGAGAAUCAUAUAAAAGACGAAAUUAAAGGUUAAGAAUUGAGCUUUUGAUAACAAGUUUUUGAUAACAGGUUUUAUUUACGAAUAAAAUUUAUCUUUGCUUCAUUCAUUCAUGUAGUUAAAUAAACACGAAAAAAAAUUUUGUAAUUUCCCAAUUUUUUUUUACUCAAAAAUUGUUUUAAAUUAAAAAAAUUUUAAAUUUUGACGUGACCGUCGCGACGCAUUGUAAAGUAGACAUUUUGCCCUUCAAUUUGCUUCAGUAUUUUUUCCUAUGACCAUUAUUUGCAAAGUUAUGGCAGUUUGAACUUUACACUUUGCUUCCGGAAAAAUACCCUCAAAAAUAUCUCAAAAAUAACUCAUUUUUUCACUCUUAAAUUUAGACUUCUAACUGGUACUAAAUGAUUAUUUAUAAUGAGGCAUUAAUCAUCAGAAAGUUUCAAAUAGAGCUGGCUUUUUAUUUCUAACAUAUGGAAAGUCAAAGUUGCUAAUUUUACCAACUUGUGUAUUCGCGCUGUUUUAAGACAUUGAAAUGAAAAAUUACAUAAUAAUAGUUAAAUAAACAUAUUUGUUCGUUAUUAUGCGAUUCUUUCCAGGUAAAUAUAUACAGUUAGAGGAUUUUAUCUUUUAGAACAUUUUUUAUUAUUUUUUCUAGGACAUUUUUUUCAACCAGCUCUUCUUAGGGCUAAAAUACCAUACAACAGUUAUUACUUUUUUUUCAACUUAGCCAGCAUUCUCUUGAAAAACUUUAUCAUUACCAUUUUUCCAGAUCAUUUUUAAAUUAAAAACUAUUUACUAGUGUCUCGAUUACAAUGGACCACCCAUAUAUAUAUAUUGUUAAUCCAAAAAUUUAAAAAUCUAUUUCCAUGUAAGUUCGGAUAUAGUGCUGUCUGGAAUAUAUAUAAUACAAAAAACUAGAAAAUUUGCAAUAAACUUUUUUGCCAAUACAAUAAACAUUUCUACUAAGAAAAGAAAACAAUAUUAAUAAAAUUGUCUUGAAAUAUUCUGUAAUCAGUUUCGAGUUUUUUUUUCUCAUUAGCUAUUUAAUAGAAAGGAAAUAUAAGUUAUUAUUAUCCGAUAAAAAAUGUUUAUAUAAAAAAAUUUAUAAUUAUGUAUGUAUUGUAAUUGUAUAUGUUCUUAUAUGAAACAAAAAUUACCGAUUUUAUAUACAUUAUUAUAUUUUACUUAUAAUGUUUCAACAGUGUUUCUUUAUCAUUGAGUGUUAGCGUUUGUUUCACCAGCUUUGGUUCAGACGAGAAUUAUUGGUGAUACAAGUGUUUCCUGUCCGACGCGCCAGUGUGCAUACACUAAAGCGGUUUAUUUUUCAUGUUUCUAUAUCGCAAGAGACAUCGGUAGCAAAUGUGGUGGCAACAGACAAAAGAUUGACUUGCAGUGAAUGUCGCGCGAAGAUUUCUUAGGCCCAUGGGGCCUGCCAAUCUUAAUUAUAAUAGGAGUGGGAAUCAUCUUGAUCGCGUUGCUUCUGUUUAUUUGUUUCCUCACGCCCGGUUGCAUCGGUUAUGAAUGUUUCAAGAAAAGAAGUACUAUCAGUGAGAAUGCAGAAUUUCAUGAGGAUUCAUUUAAUUCUACUAGCGCUCAAUGGAAGAGUGUAGAAUACUCUUCUACAUUGAAUUUAAUUCAUCUAGACAAGCAAAAGAAUGAUAAAAACGUGAAAGAAUUUCCGACUGAAUUGACAAUGAGUUUGCAAUAUUUACCGCCUUGCGACGACAUUAUUCCUGGAAAGCUUGUUAUUGGUAUUGAAUCAUUGCGUGGCCUUCCUCCAAAACAAUACAACGGUACAUUGGAACCCUAUGUCACAUUGAAUAUUAUGAAACAAUCGUGGAGUUACAGGAAGCGACAAAGAUUGCAUAGUUUUAGGACAAGGGGCAUUAGGCAUACCGCCAGUCCAAUUUACAAAGAAACUUUUGUCAUUGCAAACAUAAAGCCGCAGGAAGCUAAGGAAUGGAUAUUAAAUAUUACUGUAUAUGAUCACGACAGAUAUGCAAAUCACACAGAAUUGUGUUCACUCAAAGUACCAUUGAAAGAUAUGAAAACAAUUUUUUAUAGUCCAGAGAUUCACCUAUUUAAUUAUAGAAUGAAGCCGUCUUAUCAGGAAUUUGGCAACAUUCUAUUAGCUGUAAGUUAUCUACCUACUGCAGAAAGACUGACUAUUAACAUCAUGAAACUACGCGAUAUCAAAUUUAUACCGUCUGUAUUAAACUUAAAUGAAUUUAAUCCAUACAUUAGAGUAUUAAUGUUAAAUGGAAAGACAGGUAAGAAGUUAAAAAAGAAGAAAACCAAAUUCUUGCACGCCGUCGCACAGCCAGAAUUCAAUGAAACUUUGACGUUUGAUUUAGCCGUCACUCAACUCGAUGUCGUCCAAUUUCUAGUGAUACUUUGUAGUAAGGUUUUACCGGAAGGAUUAUCUACUAAUGCAGUCGACGCGAGUGACAGCGAGGAUUCUGUCAGUUCGUUCAAAAGAUCUACCGAUAUUUUUAUAGGUAAAGUGGCUCUUGGAAAAGGUGUGAGAGGUUCGACGGAAAAACUGCACUGGUUCUCAGUGCUUCAAAACCCAAGAAAACUUGUUACAGUUUGGCACACUCUAAAAUAAUAAAAGCCAUUGUUAUAUUACUAUAUAUGUGUGUGUGUGUGUGUGUGUGUGUGUGUGUGUGUGU